UCAGAGCGGGCCGGGUGAAACCCCUCCCGCCCGCGGCGCCGCUCCCGCCCCUUCCCGCGGCCGCGAUGUCGCUGCUCCGGGGGCCGCGGCCCCGCACCGCCGCCAGGAAGGGCCCCAGGAAGGGGACAGCAGCGGCGGCCAAGCGGGACUGGGAUAAUACCGUCCAUGACCUGACAGUGCACCGUGCAACUCCUGAGGAUAUUCUGCGUCGCCGUGAAAUACACAAAUCAAAAAACAAAGCACUGGCGCAUCUGGAACUGCAAGAGAAAGCACUGAACAGAAAAUGGAAGAAGCAAAAGCAACUGGAUGUGGAUUCCUUGGAGAAAAGGAAAUUGGCUCUGAUGCGUGAGAUUCUGUCUGAUCAGUACCAUUUGCACGAUGCGUUGGAACGAUCUGGUCAGGUUAUGGCUGUGACAAAAGACUUGUUGGGGGCUGCUCCUCGCACAAGAACAGGUUUCCCUAAUGUAACAAUGGCUCCUAACUGUGACCUAGAAUCAUCUCAAGGACCCAUUGUACAAAAAGGUGAUCUUCCCAGUCAGCUUUCCAUCCUUAAUGAAACUGUCAUGGAUUCCCAGGCUCUUAAUGAAGAUGAAGAGGAAGCAAUAUCAGAAGAUGAACACCAUAACAUUUUGGGUUUCAAAUCCAGCAUCAAUUCUGACAUGCUACUUCGGUUGCUGAGAGAAGAAAAUUCCUUGGUGAAUCCUCAGCUGUGGGUUGAUAAGGAUGUGAGAAAAACCACCACAUCACGGGAAUCAAAUGUGCCUUUGACUCCAGUGACUGUUUCYCCUUCAUUGGAUCAGUCAGCCCUCAAUGCAACCUCUGUAAUCAAGAGAACCCGUUCAAGACUUCAGAAUGAAGAUGAAGAAGAGUCUGUUGAYUCCACUGACCCUGUGAGAAAAGUGCUGAAUCCAAACUCAAGGAAACAGAAGCAAAUUUCAGCAAAGAUGAAAAGGAARCAAGCUACACAGAACUCUGCAAGACAGAAGAGAGAUGAUUCUCCAGCUAAUUUAAUCGAGACUGACCUUCAGAGGAACAACAAAUCCAGCCUAGAAGUUCUCAACCACAUGAUCCAUGAAGUGGAGUGUGAACUGGAGGAAUAUGAGCGAUGUACAGGCCGUGAAGUUCAGARAAAAGAGAGAAGUGGAGGCCUGUCUGGGUUUACACUGUCACUGGUGAAUGCUCUCUGUCGUUUGAUGCGCUACCUCAAAGAGACUGAAAUGCAGCUGCAUGAGAAAGAGGUGAUGAGGCAGCAGCAAGAGGAGAUGUUGAAUGAACACAGAGAGCUGAUUGAUGCUCUGACUGCAGAAGUACUUCAAGUAAGGGAAGAAAACAUUGCUAUGCAGAAGAAGCUUCAGCAAUACAUGACAGUAACAGAUGAAAAGCUGAUGUGUCUCACACAAGCAUUGGAAGGCCUCCCCUUGGUAGAAYCUGAAAGAGAACAAAGUCCAAAACAUUUGGGAAUUGCUAGUAAAGGUCCAGCAAACAGCCAAGGGCCAGGUGCCUCAGGUGAUAUGAGAUCUGGUAGAAGCUUUCCAGCUCAUGUCUUCCAGCCAGCUGUGCUGUUGUCACCACCACAGCAGAAGAGCAGUCARGAAUUGCCUUCCCUCCAAAAUGUGUUUACAGCCAUUUCCCAGUCUACUGAAAGAGAGCCAUGCAAGGAAAGGAGCUUACCUUCCUCCCUGAGGACACAGAGCAGAACUGAGGAAAACUGUCCCAUCUCUAGAAGGCAACCAAUUCCUCCUGCAGACAAWGAUUUGGAGAGUUCCCACAAGAAAAUCAAUCUGUCCUGCCCAAGUGAYACUGGAAAAAACAGCACAGUUGAAGAGUUACUCCAAAAUGAUGAUCUGCUGGGACAGAUAGCUGAGCUCACACGGCAGAACGCUCUAAUUAAAGCUCAACUGAGCAAAUUCAGAGGUGUGUCUGUAGACAAAAGUGAUUGUCUACAUCAGCAAGAAUCCAUACAAAAUUCAGAUCCUAGUGCAGACUCUUCWCAAGGGCAGAGUCAUCUCAUGGUAUCAAGGAGCUUGGAGGAGAGAAUAGCAGAGCUGAAUCGCCAGAGUACAGAAGCACGGGAUAAACUGUUGCAAUUGAUAGAUCAGCAGAAAUCUGCUGCUGCUGACAUGGUCCCUCCAAAGCUCUCUCCUGUUCCAGCCCCAUCCCUGAAUUACACUGAAAAUGCAAGGAGAGCAGUUGAAGUGCCUGUUCCUAUGGCAGUGGCUGUGGACAGCUCCAAGGAUGCCAGUGUGACUGGUAUGAGAAGGCUUGUAGGAGACCCCAGCAAACCUUGUUCACCUUUAAGUGCCACAUCAGAAAGUGCCAAAUCAACUUCUGUCAGCCAAAGACCAAAGGUAGAAAAGCAAAAUGAAGAAGGAUGGUUUGCAUUGUCGAUGCACGUUAUGUAAAGGAAGCUGAGCUCAAGUCAUGUAUUUUAAAAGUAUUUUUUUAUGAACCACAAUUAAAUCACAGUCUCCCUCUCCAGAUGUACAGUUUAACUCUGCUUUCAUGUCAGUUCCUUAGCAUGGAAAGGUCCAUGUGCUUAUUGUAUUUGUGCCCUGCAGAGCACUCUAGGGAUUCCUGUGAAUGAGGUUCUGAGCUGGCCACACUGCUGUKAUCUUACACCUUUUCACCAAAGGAAUCUUUCAUGAGGCUGUAAAUUUAGGCUGCUGGAGCUUUACAAGUGAGCACCUGAUACCUCUGUUAGGUACACUGAAGACAGGAGGUUUUAGAAAUGACCUGUGAAACUUUUCUAGAGCAUUUAUUUGCACAAGAUACAGGAAUAAAAAAAAAGUCAGGAAGAGCUGAGAUGAGGGAAGGUACCUGCAUUGAAAAGGAASCUGGAGAUUAGGAAGCCAGUCUGUUUCUGGUGGAUAAGGAUUUGCAUUAGAAUUUGUUCCUUCUGUGGUUAACUUUGCUCCCAAAAGUUGUGUUUUCUGUGCAGUUAACAUGUGAGAGAUUGCAUCUGGACUYGAGGAUUGCUUUUGAAAAAUCUCAUUUAAUAUUUUUGUAGUAAAUAUAAAAUGACUAUUUGAAKUUGAAAUCAGAACCUUUAUUUGCUGUGUACUAAAGUAUGUACUCUUUGAUAUGAUAGAAAACAUGUAUUAAGCUGGUUUUUUUUCUGUGUGUUUAUAUAAUAUUCUAAUGACUAUGGUUUUAUACUGKUUUUUUACUUUUUAAAGAACACAUUAUUUUAUUGGUAAUAAUUAACAAUAAAAUAUAGGACAGUGAGGAAAUGUUUUGGUAUGUUUCUUAUCUUGUAGUAAACCURGCCAAAAACAYUUAURUUGGAGAUCU